UUUUCUGUUUUUCUGCAGUUAGUGACAAGGUUUGCUGCAGUUAAUAAGCAUAUUCUAGAGGGCAAGAUUAUCUGCAUAAGCCUAUGUGGUCCUCCUUACUUUUUGGCCAUAAGGCCUCCAGUUUAUAUCCAUGUGAAAGAAAAUGCUGGAAUGGACUUGACUGCAACACAUCUGCUCACCCAACAUAGGCCCUAGCUAAUGCUUGGUGCAACCAUGGCCUCUCCUGUGAAAAUUUAAAAGCAGUGGAGGUGUGAAUGUGUUCAGACACUGUUGAUAUUUCUUGGUUGGAUGUCAAUUUUGAAACUCAUGCACCCUAGCCGCUUUGCCAUGAAACUGAGAAAUGGUGAUGCCCUUUGGCUUCUUCUUGUGAUCUUCUUGGUCAAGUGCCCAAGACCUUCAUUCUCCUAUGACAGCAUCAACAAUCUGACUUUCAUCAAGUACAUUGGAAAUGAAAUGAUCUGUCCCAGUUUGAGGAUCACAGAUUCUACUGUGGAAUCAAAGCAGCUUGAUCCAUUCCUCAAUUGCACUAUUGUGGAUGGUCAUGUAUGGGUUGUAAUGACAGAUACACAUAAAACCCUUGCCAUGCCGUCAUCAUCUCUUCAUGUGUCCAUCCUGGCAAACAUAUCUUUCAAGCAUCUGAGAGAAAUUGCUAACCACCUUUUCGUUUACCAAAACAAAGCCUUGCAGACACUCUCAAGCCUCUUUCCUCAGUUGACCGUAAUUCGAGGGCAGCAGCUCUUUCAUGACUUUGCCCUUCUUAUUUAUCAGUUUGGGAAACAAAGAUGCAUUACUUUAGAAGAAUGCAUGACCAUGAAUCCACCACUGGAUGGGGGGCCAAAAAGCAAGAGAGAAGUGAAACUCUAUAAGAUCUGGGAUGGGUCAUGCAUUCUUGACUGCCCUGCAAACACAACUGAGCACUGUACAACAGAAGAUGGGAUUCCCAAUCGGCAAUGUUCUCCUUGCCAUGAGAAGAGAUGUCCAAAGAUAUGCAAAGGAAAUAUGUUGGAUUCAGUGGAGAAGGCUAAAGCCCUUCAUGGUUGUACCUAUAUUGCUGGUCAGCUUGAAAUUCAGAUCACAGCUGGAGAUGAUGUAGUCUCAGAAUUGGAGAAGAAUCUUGACUCUAUAGAGGAGAUUCGGGAUUACCUGAAGGUGGCAAGAAGUGGCAGUUUGCUUUCUCUGAAUUUCCUGAAGCAUCUACGGUGGAUUGGUGGCCAGGUCUUAGAAGAUGGGAAGUAUGCCAUCAAAGUCCUUGAUAAUCCAAAUCUUCAACAACUCUGGGAUUGGGAUAAGAGAGGGAUGAAUGUGACCAUUGAACGAGGAGAGAUCUCAUUCACUCACAACCCAAAGCUAUGUCUCAGCCACAUUGAAGCAUUCUGGAAUCGUUCCCAGAAUGUGUCAGGAUCCCAUACUGUCCCUCCUCUACCAGAGGGUGUAGAUAAUACCACCAAUGGAGACCAAGCUGCCUGCAAUGUGGCGAAAAUCUGGGCACAAGUCAGCGAGGUGAUGCAGGACAAUCGUUCUGUGGGAUACUGGCAGGUGGAUUGGGAGAAUUAUCGCUUGGGUCUUGUUCAGCCACGAGAUCUGGUGAACUAUGUAGUGUCUUACCGGGAAGCUCCUUCUCAAAAUGUGUCCAUCUAUGAUGGACGGGAUGCAUGCAGCAAAGACAAGUGGACAGAUAUUGAUGUGAAGUAUCAGUAUGAAGGCACUAACAAAUAUGUGAGGCAGAUUCUUACAAUCCUAAAGCCUGCAACUCAGUAUGCCCUUUAUGUGCACACAUACAUGAUUCGAAGUAGCCCUCAUGUUGAAAGCAAGGGGGCCAUGUCUGAAAUUCUUUAUUUCACCACACGGCCUAUAUCACCAGGGACCCCAAGAGAUGUUGUUGCUUGGGGCAAAUCAGAUUCAGAGUUGGUGGUGGAGUGGGCUCCCCCUGCUGAAGAGAAUGGUGUUGUGACGGAGUAUCAGCUUCGUAUUGAGGUGAUCCCUCAGAGUGUGGAAGAGCAGCUCCAGAAGGAAUAUUGUCAGGAUGGAUUCAUCCGGAGUCAGAUCCAGAAAAACCAGCUCCUCAGUGCCAUUGAGAUCAAGACAGAAGAUGAGAAGCGACUCAUGGCAAAGAAGGAGAAGGAGGAGAAGCUGAAGUAUUCAAGUGAUUGCUGCGCUUGUGAAGGAAAGAACAGAGACGUGGAAACUUAUAAGCGGCAGGUCCAGUUCCAGGAUAACAUCAUGAAUGAUGUCUUUGUGCGCAAGCACAAGGACAAGGUCACUGUCUGCAACAGGGGUCCAGAUCAGUGCAGCAUCAAGUGCGAUGAUUGGAGCCUCUUGGUUUCUCCGAUUCCUAGCAUGUCAUUUACCUCUGAGAGCAAUGGGAAUUCAACAAUGCUGAAGCAGCGGAAGAAGCGAAGUGUUGAGGAAGGUUUCACCCAUGUCCCCAACUCGUUACGGGAUGAGUUGCGUUUGGAUCAAGAACUUCAAGAUGCUGCACAAAAGGAGGAGCAAACCCCUAAUGAAUUCACUGAUGGAAAUCGUCUCCCACCAAAAUCAGGAAAACUCCCCAAGGAGCACGUUGAAACACCUGUUGAUUUCAUCCCAGAAAAUUAGAAAGCAGAUGAUGUGAGUUCCAAUUCCAUUGGGGUUCGCCCGACCACCAAUCAGACUUACGGGUCAGUUGUGAGGGUGGAAUGGACAGCUCCAUCAAACCCUAAUGGAAUAAUCCUGGCCUACAACAUCAAGUAUCAGCGAAUUGGCAACACAAAUUUAAAACCAGACAUUGAGUGCAUUCCUCCAAGCCGCCAUGGAGGAGAGAAGGAGUAUUAUGAGCUGAAGCAUUUGAAGCCAGGAAAUUACAGUCUUCAGUUGCAAGCAGUCAGUCUGGCUGAUGUGGGGAAUUACACAGUGGAGGAGUACUUCUACAUCCAUAGCGAAGAGGAUAAUGGGGUUUCUGCUCGAGUACUUGGAGGAAUCCUUGGUGCAGUAUCUGUUAUUAUCAUCAUCCUAGCCAUUGUCAUCCUCAGAAAUCGGCACAUUUGGAUGAAGAGAGAAGGGGAACUUGUGGUUACCUGGAAUCCUCAAUAUGCUGACUUGAGGGAAUUGAGGGAGCGAUUCAAAGAUAUCGAGAUGGGCGAAGACCAGAUUAAGCUGAUCCGCCAACUGGGAAGAGGUUCAUUUGGGGAAGUGCACGAAGCUGUAGCUUCACGGAUCCGUGGCUUAGGAAACGUAGAAACACGAGUUGCUGUAAAGAUUCUCCAUCCUGAUGCCACCAGGGAUCAACGUGAGAGAUUUGCUGAUGAAGCCAAACUCAUGAUGGACUUGAAGGAUGGCUUUCAUGUGGUGAAUAUUCUGGGAUUUGUGUUUCAAUCUGAUCCUCCCAAGCUGAUCAUGGAACUGAUGGCAAAUGGAGAUUUGAAGACUUGGCUAAAAUCUCAUAGAAGCGAGGACCCUGACCAGUCUUAUGGGAUAGCAUUGAUGCCAGUACGGUGGAUGGCACCAGAGGCACUGGAUGGACGCUCCUUCAAGGAGUCUGAUGUCUGGAGCUUUGGGGUUGUUUUAUGGGAGAUUGCUACACUUGCAGAGAGUCCCUACAAGGGCUUGCAGAACCGGGAUGUGCAUGACUUUGUGCUAAAGGAGCGUGGAAUAAUGGAUUGUCCAUUUGGUUGUCCUGAAUUCCUCUACGACAUCAUGAAGUGGUGUUGGAGAUACAAUCAUGACGAGCGGCCAUCAUUCCUUGACAUCGUCAGGAUCCUAUUGCCUCAUGCCCAAGGGACAUUUGUGGACCGAUUUGCUCAAGUGUCCUAUUACCAUUCAUUGCCAUUGGGAGAGGAAGGAGAAAGUGAUCUGGAACUGGGAGCAGCAGAAUCGGUGAACAUUCCCCUCUGUCGUCGCUUGGAGAUGGAAGAGGAAGGGGAAAGUGAUCUGGAACCAGAAGCAGCAGAACUAGUGAAUAUUCCCCCCUAUCAACACUUUGAGAUGGGAGAGGAAAGUGAUCUGGAAUUGGGAGCCGAAGAGAAAAGGCCCCUCUGUCUUCAAAUGGAGAUUAGAGAGGAUGGGAAGAGUGACCUGAAAGUGGGAGUAGGAGAAUUAGUGAAAAGGCCCCCUGUUGCUCACAACAAAUCGUGGCACAACUUGCAUGAAGACAUCAAUGAUCUACAUAACUCCGAUCACAUCCUUCCCCUGACUUCUCAGAUCCCCAAUCCCCCAAGGGUAGUGAGGAAUAAUGGGACCAUGAAUGGUCACAUACCCAAGUUCUGUUGAAAACUGCUUCCCCAUGAGUCCUAUAUUUAAAUCUAAAGGAAAAAAGAAAAGUAUUUAUUACAGUACCAGUCCAUGAAGCUCUUCUUCCCAGCUCUCAUCAUUCUCGCCUGUGACGGCUAGUCAGAGCUAUUUGUUCAUCUAUUUCCUUCAUGUGAAAUGGGUUCCUUGCCUGGAAAUCUCAUCGGUCAAGUUCUUGUUUUUUUUUUUGUUUCUUGCUUCUUAUUUUGUGUGUUUUAUAUACUGUAUCUUUUCCUGCACUUCAGUGAAAUCUAGUCAAAAAAAGGGUGGUGGAAGUGUUCCCAAUUCCCAGGCUGUGCAGGUCACUCUUAAUAAAAACAGGUGUUUCAAAUUCAUCUUUCAUGAGAAGCAAGACCUUUCACUCCACUCACUCUUUGUUUAUGGAAUCAUGCACAUCCAGCCAAUCCCAUUCUGCU